GUCGGCUCGGUCCUCGGGACGAUGACCUUCGGCUGGAGGUUUUCAUCCGAGGAGUGCGACGAUGCCAAGUCCCUCGAGCUGAUGGAGACUUUCCUGGACGCCGGCCACGUGGAGCUGGACACCGCGCUGGCGUAUAGCGGCGGCGAGACGGAGAAGAUCAUGGGCCGCAUCUUCGACGCCGACCCAUCGCUGAUGGAGCGGUGCACGGUCGCGACCAAGGCCAACCCGUGGCCCGGUGGAAACAUGACCUCGUCAGCUGGCGAAGGAGGCUUGGCCCCGUCCGAGCUCAGGGCACAGGUGGAGGCAUCCAGGGCUUCGCUCUCCCCUUACGGACCCAUCGACCUGCUCUACCUGCACGCCCCGGACGCGGCCACCGAGAUCGAGCAGACCCUCGCCGAGCUCAAGGCGAUGCACGACGAGGGCGCGUUCGUCAACCUCGGCCUGAGCAACUUUCCCGCGUGGGAGGUUGCGUACAUUCACGGAAAGUGCGAGGACAUCGGGCUGCCCCCGCCGACGACGUACCAGGGGAUGUACAACUGCCUGACUCGCGCGGUCGAGCCCGAGCUUUUGCCGGCGUUAAGGAAGCUGAACAUGCGGUUCCUCGCGUACAACCCCCUGGCCGGCGGUUUGCUGACGGGGAAGCAUCGGGGAAAGAUGGACGACGCACAGCUGUGCGCCGAGGGCGCUUCACGCGGGCGCUUCACGGAGAAUAAGAUGUACCGGGAUCGGUUCUGGAACGAGAGAUACUUCGCCGCGGUGGACACUAUAUGCGCGGCGUGCGAGACCAACGGCGUGGCUCCCGCGGAGGCUGCGCUGCGCUGGCUGUACAGUCACAGCCGAUUGGACGGCGCGUACGGGGAUGGCGUCAUCCUGGGCGCGAGCUCGGCGGGGCAUCUGGAGGCCAACUUGGCCGCCGCGGAAAAGGCGGCGAACGGCGAGGCGCUUCCGGAGUCGGUGCUGGAAGCGAUCGAGGCGGCGUUCGAGGUGUGCGCGCCGGUGGCGCCGCCGUACUCGCGC